AUGUCCCAGAGAAUCAUAAGGUCUAGAAAAUGGCUUAAUGUUUGGGUGCCGAAUGGUAUUUUGCACCCACAGAAGACAGAGUUAGAAAAGCUGGCAGUAAAUGACACUGGAGCUAGUGGAAAGCUCAAAGACACCUUUGUUGGAGCCAGAAAUGGACAAUACAGACUUUUAAAAAUAGUCAUUGAAAAUGAACAGCUUGUUGUGGGAUCCUCUAGGCAGCCUGCUGGAUCAUGGGAGAAGGAUUACGACACCUUCGUUCUUCCUCUUCUGGAAGACAAGCAACCUUGCUAUGUUCUGUACAGGCUGGACUCGCAGAAUGCUCAAGGGUAUGAGUGGAUCUUCAUCGCGUGGUCACCCGAUCACUCCCCUGUUCGUCAAAAAAUGUUGUAUGCGGCAACCCGGGCAACACUUAAGAAAGAAUUUGGAGGUGGUCAUAUUAAGGAUGAAGUAUUUGGAACAGUUCAGGAUGAUGUUUCACUGCAUGGCUAUAAAAAAUACUUGAUAUCACAGUCUUCCCCUGCACCUCUGACUGCAGCAGAAGAGGAGCUUCGACAAAUUAGGAUUAAUGAGGUGCAGACAGAUGUUGGCAUAGAUACUAAGCAUCAAACUCUGCAAGGAGUGGCAUUCCCCAUUGCUAAAGACGCUAUUCAGGCUCUGGAAAAAUUGAAAAAUAAGCAACUCAAUUAUGUGCAAUUGCAAAUCGAUAUGAAAAACGAAACUAUUAUUUUGGCCAACACACUUCCUACCGAACUUAAGGACCUGCCAAAAAGAAUUCCAAAGGAUUCUGCGCGGUACCACUUUUUCCUCUAUAAGCAUGCCCAUGAAGGGGACUAUUUGGAAUCCAUAGUUUUCAUCUACUCUAUGCCUGGAUAUACCUGCAGUAUACGCGAGCGGAUGCUGUACUCUAGUUGCAAAAGUCCCCUGUUAGAAAUUGUAGAGAGACAGCUGUGGAUGCAGAUAAUUAGAAAAAUUGAAAUAGAUAAUGGUGAUGAGUUAACUGCUGACUUCCUUUAUGAAGAGGUUCACCCAAAACAACAUGCACACAAACAAAGUUUUGCUAAACCGAAAGGUCCCGCAGGGAAAAGAGGAAUUCGAAGACUGAUCAGAGGCCCUGCAGAGACUGAAACACCUACUGAUUAAAAGCUGUUAUUUGCACUAUCAAUAAGAUACUACAGUGAGAAACAAAAUUGUGUUUUUUGCUAAUGAACUGAAAUUAUUCUAUAGAUUCUA